CCCUUGUUCAUUCCUUCGUCUGCGGUUGAGCUACGUUCUUUAUUUCGGUGUGUGGACGAGAGAGCCCAGCCGCCCCAGGCGCCGAACGCUCUGGACCGCGAGAUCGCCUUUUCACAUGGAAAUAAGCCUCUACCUCGCACUAGCACGAGGGCCUCUGAAGUGUGUAGUCCUCUGUCAUGCUGAUGCUCCAUAAACGAAGCAGAGACAGAAACGGAAAAAGGAAGCAGGGACUGAAAAAGUCUGAGCAACCAAGGAUAGGCUUGCACAGACACCAUGGAACACUAUUGAAAUCAAUCUUCAAACGGAAUCGAUCGGAAAUUUGACCAUUCAUGUAAUUGAUGUAAGCUACUCUGCGAGGAAAAUCCGGGGAAAAGAACAUCAAAAUAGUAACCAUGUGCUUUAGCACCAUUAGGUUAAACAGAUAACCAAUUUGUUCCGUAGUAGUCGCUCUGAAAGUUUUGGUGGAUUAUAAAAAAUCCUACCGAUCUUUUUUGGAGAAGCAAUCAACUUUCUGUGCGAUUUUUUUAUUUUUAUUUUUUGGAAUUUUUAUUAUUAUAAUUAUUUUUACAAAAUGUUCCGUGCGGUUCUUCUCUGCACGCUGCUCUGUGCAUCCUCUGUGCGCGCGACGUGCCCGUCUCUCUGCGAGUGCUCAGAAGCCGCGCAGACUGUGAAAUGCGUUUCCAAGGAUCUGCGAGAAAUCCCGUCCGGCAUCCCGGGGUACACCAGGAACCUGUUUAUCCUCGGGAACCACAUCACUCGAAUUGGCCCCGAGUCGUUCAAAGGACUCGAGAACGUAACCAAUCUGUCCCUUAGCAACAACAGGAUAGCUGAGGUGGAGUCGCAGGCUUUUGGGGGGUUGCGCAGCCUGCGUUCUCUGGACCUGAGUGGGAACCAGCUGACCCUGAUCCACCCAGAGGCGCUGGCCGUCCCCUCUGGCCCCCUGCGGGACCUCAACCUGAGCCGCGCCCUCUACAACCACUCCGCCCUGGUGGACCUGGCCACCGCGCUGCGCUGGGGCAUGCUGGGAAGCCUGCAGCAGCUGGACCUCUCCGCCAACCGCCUGGUCCUUCUGCCACCCGCCAUGUUCGCCCACCUGCCCGCCCUGCGGCGCCUCCUGCUGGCCAACAACUCCCUGGUGGCGCUGCACAACGGCACCUUCCUGGGCCUGGAGCUGCUGGACGAGCUGGACCUGACGCAGAACGCCUUCCGAACGCUGCGGAGGGGGGCUCUGCGGGAGUUGGACGGGCUGGGGGGGGCGCGGCUGCUCCUGGGGGGGAACCCCUUCACCUGCACGUGCGGGCUGGAGGACUUCAUCGCCUGGCUGAACGGCACGGGGGGGCGCGUCGCCGACGGCGACCAGCUGGCCUGCGCCUUCCCGCUGGACCUGCACAACACGUCCCUGCGCGGGCUUGGGGGGCGGGCCCUGGGUUGCCACGGUGACACGGCGGGCGAGGGGGCGGACCUGGCGCUGCAGACCUCCUACGUCUUCCUGGGGGUGGUGCUGGGGUUUGUGGGCGUGGUCUUCCUCUUCGUGCUCUACCUCAACCGCAAGGGCAUCAAGCGGUGGGUGACGGACGUGCGGGAGGCCUGCCGGGACAUCCUGGAGGGGUACCACUACCGCUACGAGAUGGACUCGGACCCCCGUCUGGGACAGCUGUCCACCUCGGCCGAUCUGUGACACUCCCUCACCCUCUUCUUCACCUGCCAUCCAGACAUUUUUGUUUAAGCAAAAACAAAAACACACUGAACAGAUUUCUAUUUGCAGAGGACUAACUAGUUUGUAACAAUUUAUACAGAAGUAAUGUGUAGCUAACUGUACAUAUUUGCACAAUUAUAUCAGCCCAUAAUGCAUGCAACUCUUUUGUGUCUGAAUGUGUGUGUGUGUGUGUGUGAGAGUGUAUGUAAGAGUGUGUGUGUGUGUGUGUGUGAGAGAGAGAAGGAGAGUGAGAGUGAGAGUGUGUAAGAUUGUGUGAGCUCCUCUCCUCUCCAUAAGCUGGAAGGACUGUAGGCCCACCAUGCCUCUCUCCGAUUGGCUGUCCCAUUAGUGCCUUGGACUCCAGCCCCUCCCACAGCACAGGACUCCACCCACCUCAGGGCUCUACACUGCUCCCAUUUUAGGAGCGUUUGCUCCCGAAAAUUGAUGUGCGCUAACUGGAAAAAUAAUUUAGGAGCACAUCGACUAAUUGGGAUGCAUUAGUGUGCUCCUAAAUUUUUCGACUUGAAAGCACAUGCGCUCCUUGGAAAAAUAUGUCAUUCUCAGUGUGACGAGGACAGCGAGGAGCCUGAGGUUGGAUGAUAUAUUACAGCAUUAAUUAUCAAGUGCAGUAAUGGUCAUAGCCACUGUGGGUGCAUUAUCUUUUUAAAAUCUUUUUCUCUUUCAUUAUAUCUGAAGCAGUUAGUAAAAACUUACCUAUAAAGAGGCUGCUUGAAUUGUGUCUGGAGAAUAAAAAUGUAAUCACUGUUAUCUAUUGGAUGUUGAUAAGACAGCCAAUCAGCACCAAGGUCACGCAGCUUCCAUGUGAUCAUGUGAUGUGUUAUUGUCAGUCACAUGGAGCUGCGAGGCCUUGCUGCUGAUUGGCGGUCUUAUGGUCACUUAAUAAAUAACAGUGGUGACGUUUUUUCUGGAAGCAUUUGGCCUCUGAAGUGUGAUUUGCUACCGCUUCAGGUAUAACUAAAGAGAAAAAGACAAAAGGAAAGGCAGUACGCCACACGGUGGCUAUGACCGAAAUAUCGCUACCAUCCCUACCUCCAACCAGAGGGACCACAGCAUGGGGUACAGCCCGUGGGGGAGGGGGAAUUUGCGGGAGGUUUGGCUGGCUCAGUGAAUGUAUAAAUUGGUCCAAUAUGAAAAGUCCUGAAUGUUUCACAGGGUAAAGAAUGAUGUGGCAGUCUGUCUGUGCUCAGUAGUGCACGUAGUCUCUGUGCCGAUGUACAGCAUCUGUGGCAAACCUGCCUUAUUUCCAUGUGUUACUGUCCCUGCCACACGCAAGCACACACAAACACACGCACGCGUGCACACACACACGCACGCAGGCACACACACGCAGACACACAGACGCACACACGCACCUAUGCAGACAUGCACGCACGCGUGCACAG